AUGGAUGACUAUGAGGAAGAGAACAGGGACAUGUGUCCCAUCUGUAAGACGGAUAGGUAUUUGUCACCGGAUUUGAGAUUUUUAGUCAACCCUGAGUGCUACCAUAAGAUCUGUGAAAACUGUGUGGACCGUAUAUUCAGUCUUGGUCCCGCUCCGUGUCCUUAUAAACGGUGUGAUAAGAUUCUAAGAAAGAACAAGUUCAAGACGCAGAUAUUUGACGAUGUGGAGGUGGAGAAGGAGGUGGAUAUACGGAAGAGGGUGCAUAACGUUUACAACCAGACGCUGGCGGACUUCAAGGGGGAUUUGACCGCUUAUAAUAAGUACCUGGAGGAUAUUGAAGAUAUAGUAUACAAUUUAGACCACGGGAUCGACGUUGUCGACACAGAGCAGAAGUUAAGGGACUAUGAGGAAUUAAACAGACAGUUGAUUUUGAACAACAUAGAGAGAAGUAAACUGGACUCUGAGACUUUUGUUCAAAGGCAGCAGCGGGAGAAGGACAUGAAGUUGCGACAGAGACAACUGGAGCGCGAAGUGGAGGAGGAGGACCGCCAGCAGAAGGAGUGGGCUAAGAAAGAGAUAGUGAACCGUUUGGCGAACUCGAAUGGUGUUGACGCCAGUGAAAUCAUCGAAGGUGUUAACAACUCGGUCAAGUUAAAGAAAUCCUCUGCGAGGAGGAAACUAGACGACCUGAACAGGGCACUAAGAGAAAAUCCAGGGUUCAUGGCGUUGACGGCGACCGAUGACAAUCAAAGCAAGGGCACCAUGCCGUUGACGACACCGUUUAACGGGGACAGAGAUGUCGAGAAACGGUAUAGCAUAAAUCCUGACCAUUACAACGACCCAUUUAUCAAAGACUUGGAGUCGAACAGAGAGUACCUGGCUUCUGGGUUCAGGACAGAUUACGUGUACGAUAGAGUUCUCACAGAGGCAUUCAUGGGACUUGGCUGCAUCGUAUCAGAAGAACUAGCAUCAUAG